UUGACGCUUCCGUUGUCGCUUGACUAGUUGUCGAUUCCGGUUCGAGCGUGUGGACACGGGAGCGAAUUCUUCUAAAGCAGACAAGCCGAACGAUGGGAUCCUUCCACUUGAUACUGGCUGCACUGGCCGUGCUCGGCUGCGGCAUGGCUGUGUCAGCGGCUACCUGUAAGUCCGAUGCUGAUUGUUCUAGAGGUCAGCGUUGCGUGCUCCACUCCAACUAUUCGAGCAGCGCCAGCUGUGAAAGCGAUCGCCGUUGCAUCGCUGUUUCUUCUACGUCUUGCUCGUGCGAGCCUGGCUUCCAAUGCCGGCUGAAGGAUUGCCCUUCGUCACCCUACGAGUGUUUGGUCCUGGAAAACAAAAAUACCAGAUGCGGUGGAAAAAACGGUCCACAGUGUAGCCCGAACCAGGUGUGCGGAUACGAAAAGACUGGUUUGGUGUGCGUCAAGUGCCCAUGUUAUGGCACCGACCGUGCCGUGUGCGUGAACAAGAAGCCCGGCGUCGUGUGUGGACCCAACAGCAUCGUGCAGGUGAACCCCGACAAGAGCUACGUGUGCGACGGGUGCGCCUCCGCCACCUCUGUGCUCACACGCUAGGGGAACCAGUGACUUCACUGAAGACACCGCGCAGUGCCCCAGUUGCGACAUUGCUCGAAAGGCAAAGUGGUCAUGAUGCGACCAUGUCUUGGCGUCUAUACAAAUGUCAUUCAAAUAAACGGGCACCGAGAUGUUGUUGUUGCUCCUGCGCACAAGUGGCACAUACCCACCGUGGAGGUUUCGUUAAGAAUUGGGUGGUUUGAAGAAAAUGAAUGAUGUAAGUUUAGAAAGUA